UUCACUGCCCUUAGCGCUUUCCCACUUCCCACUUCCGGCGUUGUCGCGUCGACCAGCGACCGGCGGAGCAGCACUCCAGCAGCAGCAGCUGGCGACCACCAUCAGGAUUCAGGCAUCAGGAAGGUCCUGACCCGACCCGGCCCGUUUCAUGAUUUGUCUUUGCAUCUGCCUGGUAUUUUGUUGCAACAAACAGAGCGAGUGCAUUAAAAAAUGGUGCUAGCAGCUUCUAUAACAACAUGCUAUGCCGUUUCUGUACGGCCGUCCACUUCUGCUUCUAGAAGCUUCUCUCUUCUUCCGCCGCUCUCUCUUAUCCGAAGUCCAAUUCAACAGCGCCAGCCGUUCCUCGCCGGAGCUAAUUCCGGAGGUUCUCUCUUAUCUGUAAAUGGAGUGAGGUUGCGACAGUCAUCCUUUGCUGCUGUAAUUGGCGAUACACCUGCUGUGUCAGAUGGCGCAAUUAACAAGGAAACGUCCACUACUAAAUUAUCUGAUUCUGCUACUAGUCAAGAAACUUGCGUGGAAAAUGGAGAGGACAGGAAAGAUGCUUCUGAAGGGUUGGAUGAGAAUAAAAUGAUCCGAGUAUGCGACAAGUUAAUUGAGGUCUUCUUGGUUGACAAGCCCAAACCUACUGAAUGGAGAAGAUUGCUAGCAUUUAGCAAGGAAUGGAACAAUAUUCGGCCCCAUUUCUACAAGCGAUGUCAGGACCGAGCAGACAGUGAAAGUGAUCCUGGAAUGAAGCACAAGUUUCUCAAGCUUCAAAGAAAGCUAAGAGAGGUUGAUGAUGAUGUUCAGAGGCAUAGCGAACUUCUUGAGGCAAUCAGAAGGUCACCAUCGGAGGUUGGUGAUAUUGUUGCCAGGCGUCGUAAAGAUUUUACAAAAGAGUUUUUUGCUCAUCUUCACACUGUGGCAGAAUCCUAUUAUGAUGAUCCAGCGGAGCAAAAUGCUGUGGCAAAACUAGGGAAUAUGUGUUUGGAAGCUGUAGAAGCUUAUGAUACUGCAACUGAAAGUAUGGAAGCGUUGAAUGCUGCAGAGUUGAAAUUCCAAGAUAUAAUCAAUUCUCCUUCCGUGGAUGCGGCUUGUAAGAAAAUAGAUGAUUUGGCCCAAAAAAAUCAACUUGAUUCAGCACUGAUGCUCAUGAUUACAAAAGCAUGGUCAGCAGCCAAGGACUCGGACAUGACAAAAGAUGAGGUAAAGGAUGUUCUUUAUCACUUGUAUAAGACAACAAGAGGAAAUCUUCAGAGGCUCAUGCCAAAAGAAAUCAGAAUUCUGAAAUAUCUACUAACGAUUAAGGAUCCUGAGGAGCGAAUGAGCGCUUUGAAAGAUGCCUUCACACCGGGAGAAGAACUUGAAGGGGAAGAUGUAGAUUGCUUAUACACGACUCCGGAGCAGCUAUACAACUGGAUAGGGACAGUGCUGGAUGCAUAUAAUUUCAGUAAAGAAGGCACUCUUAUAAAAGAAGCCAGAGACUUGAUGAACCCUAAAAUAAUUAAGAAAAUGGAGGAGUUGAAGAAGUUGAUCGUAGAUAACUUCAUGUAAGCAUUUGCUUGAAUGUAAGCAGGUACGAGCCUUGCUGCCAGUGC